UCUCUGCCGUCUCUAUCCCCUCUUUCCUUCUCGCUUGCGCGAUCCCAACCCCCGCGGUUACUGCUGCGUGAGAAGGGGAAAACAUCUCGUUGGAUUUCUGGGCACACUCCGGAGGGACACAAGGCUGAGGUGCCCGAUCCUGACCCGGGGCUGGCUGUUGACUUAGCGCCGAGGAAUGCAAGCGUUUCCUGCGUAGGAAUUUUUGCAGUGUGUAAUUUACUAGUUUGGACAGCCCUUUGCUCGGGAUGAUGGAUGGUGAAUGGGAGUGUGAUCUUCCAAAAUACAGCUCAAGGAUUAAUUUUUCUCCGUCUCUAUUUACAUGGUGAUAAGAAGUGCUAAUCCCACUCUGUCAGUCUGGACUGAUGAAUCUGAGGAAUAGAACAGAGCCCUGUGUUGUGUAAACGAACUGAUGGAUGAAGAUGAGAAGGACAGGGCAAAGAGGGCAUCACGCAACAAAUCUGAGAAGAAGAGGAGAGACCAGUUCAAUGUCCUCAUUAAGGAGCUUUGCACCAUGCUGCAGGGCCAUGGCCACCCUCUCAAGAUGGACAAGUCCACAAUCCUGCAGAGGACCAUCGACUUCCUACAGAAACAGAAAGAAAUCACAGCACAGACAGAAGCCUGUCAGAUUAGACAAGACUGGAAGCCUUCAUUUCUUAGCAACGAGGAGUUCACCCAGUUGAUGUUAGAGGCACUGGAUGGCUUUCUCAUUGCUCUUACCACUGAUGGGAUUAUUAUUUAUGUGUCUGACAGUGUUUCAUCUCUGCUGGGACACUUACCGUCAGAUUUGGUGGACCAAAAUAUAUUGAACUUUCUGCCUGAGGGGGAGCAGAGCGAGGUAUACAAGCUGCUUUCUCCACAUGUGCUCAUGACAGAUCCUGUUGCAGCUGAUUUUCUCAAUGCAGAAAAACAAAUAGAGUUUUUUUGCCAUUUAGCAAGAGGCAGCUUAGAUCCAAAUGAACCUCUGAUGUAUGAAUAUGUGAAAUUUGUAGUGGAUUUUAAAUAUUUUACUCAUGUGCCUACACCCUCCUGUAAUGGCUUUGAGUCAGCUAUUGCACGGGCUUUCAGGUCAGCCCCGGAGGAGCAGAUCUGCCUGGUGGCCACCGUGCGCCUGGUCACACCACAGUUCCUCAAGGAGCUCUGCAACGUUGAAGAGCCGUGUGAAGAAUUUACAUCGAGGCAUAGUUUAGAAUGGAAGUUUUUAUUCUUGGACCACAGGGCUCCACCUAUUAUAGGAUAUUUGCCCUUUGAGGUUCUGGGAACGUCAGGGUAUGAUUACUACCACGCAGAUGACCUGGAGCUUCUUGCUAGGUGCCAUGAACACUUGAUGCAGUUUGGAAAAGGCAAAUCCUGUUACUAUAGGUUCCUGACCAAAGGGCAGCAGUGGAUAUGGCUGCAGACUCACUACUACAUCACCUACCACCAGUGGAACUCCAAGCCUGAGUUCAUUGUUUGCACGCAUCUGGUAGUUAGUUACGCAGAGGUUCGGGCUGAGAGAAGACGAGAUCUUGGCCUCGAAGAGUCAUCAAUUGAACUGGCAUCCUCUUCUCUAAAGAGCCACAGCAGCUACCUGGAGGUGGGGCAGUGCGGCAGCAGCCAGGACGCCAGCCGGGAGGGAGUGUCGCUGUCCUCGCACAGCUCCCGGCGCUCCUCGCACACCACCCUGUCCGACUCCACCUCCACAUCGUCCAUGCGGCGCACGGACACCAGCACCCCCACGCGGCCCGGGGCUCCGGGGGACAAGGCGGCGCUGCGGCUGGCGGCGCCCGGCGGCGCCCAGCCAGUGUACCAUUUCCCCACGCAGCUGGGGAUGAUGCACCAGCUGAAAGAGCAGCUGGAGGAGAGGACUCGCAUCCUGCAGGCUGACAUCAAAACACAGCAAGAGGAGCUCCAUGUCAUCAAGGAGCAGCUCCAGCUCGUGCAGGACUCCAACCUGCAGAUGCUGAUGCAGCAGCCGAUCCCCGUCAUCCUGAACGCGGCCGUGCACCCUGCCCGGGACAAAGCAGCACUGCAGCCCCCAGCUGCUGUCACCGCAGCCAUUCCUCAGGGACCCCUGUGGCACUGCCCCCCAGGUACAGCAGCAGAAGCAGCAGCACCCCAUGAGAGGAAGCCAAGGCCAGCAAACGUGUAUGCCAGGGCAGGGCAGCAUCCCAAUGCCCUUCUACAACAGCCCCAUGGUGUUCUCCCAGGCUCACCCCAUUGCCGUGGCUGCACAGGUGCCCGCUGACAGCACUGAGAGGCAAACACCAGCUGAGUACAGCCAGGACAGGAGCCUCAGGAUGCUGCUGGAUCAGUCCAUCCAAGCCAUGAUGCCCACAGCCAACAGCAGCUGCCAGCCCGUGCAGAGCAGUGCCAGCAGGCAGCAAGGAAAGUUUGUUGCAGAGCAGCAGAGCCUGGCUCCCCCAGCAGCACAGCCGGCCACCUGCAGCCCCGCCCGGCCUGCAGCCCCGCCGCCCAUCUUCUCCCCGUCCCUCCUUGUCCCACACUCCAGCUUCACCUCCCACCAGCCCAGCACACCCCUGCACCUGCACCAGUGGCCACAGCAGCAGGUUCAGCAGCACCGCCUCUACCUUCAGAUGCAGGGUCCCGAGCUGGUGCCUGGGGCUCCGACGCAGCGCAUUUUCCAGCCGCCCCACGCCCCGCAGCAGAACCCCCUGAGCUACUUCCUGCACCCCCAGCAGCAGAGCCACCACACACAGGGCCAGCCCUGCAACCUGCCUGACCUGCCCGAGAUGCAGCUGCCCUGAGGUCACUUGUGGGGACAAGGAGCACACGGCGCAGCCGCCGCGCCCGGCGCGCACGAGAGCACGGAGCUGUCAGAGCACGGCACCGGAGAGGUCGGGCUCAUGGGGAGGUGUGCCUGCAGGGAUGGAUGGUCUCUGACAGGAGUGCAUGGCUGCAGGGGCCUGCUUUGGGGGGAUUGCCAUGCAGCCAGAUGCAUGGGAUGUAUUCCAUGAUGCUGUUCCAGCAGCAGGGUGUGCCUGGCCCAGCACCAUGGUGCCACUGGGAGUGGUGCCUAUUGCUGCAGGGACAGCAGGUAUCGGCAUCAGGCCGUCAUGGAGCUCGGUUUGCAAUGGAAAACAACCUUUUUCCAUUCAGGACUUCAAUGCUGAAAGUCACUGUGAAUUUAAGCCCAGCAUUUGGAGCACAUAGACUGUACCAGUCCACAGGACACCAUUGGAUUUCUGUGUACAUAACUCGUUUUGCUGUAGUAGGUCCAUUGUGAAUUCUUUUUCCUUUUUCUAUACCUCAGUCCCGCAGGUUUUUUUUCCAGGAGUUUGGAUAAUGCUGCUAAUUUACAUAACACCACUUUUGCCUGAAUUUCUUACUGUUGUUAUACCAGCUCACAUCGCAGCUAGUUCAAUAUUUGUCGUGUUUUAUUUUUGGUUAACAAGUGAAGAUAAAUUUGUAUGGUUUUUACUCCCUGUAGCCAAAUAUUUUUCAGGUUACAGACAAAGAAUCUUUACUCCUUUUUUUUUGUUGUUGUUUCAAGUGAUGUAGUUGUAAAUGUUUCUAUUCGUAAAAACAAACAAACAAACAUGCAUAGAACAGCAUAUGACAGCAAACUUUGUGGUUUUGCUAGGUCAUAUUUCAAUUUGGCAAACCCAAAAUGUAUAAUCACAACACACGAUGUUACAAGCCCAUAGGGUCAGCAAUAAAUUGUAUUUUUGUAAAUUGUCACUUUUUAACUGUAAGUUUAUAUUUAUGAAUUGAAAAGCCAGUUUAUUCCUCAGUGGGUGUAUAGUUAAGUGUCCCUACUGUUUGUGUCUUUCCAAAGGAAAACUUUAAAAGUACAUUUUUGGAGUGUUAGUAGCUGAGUACUAACUUUGGGCAUUGUUAGAGCCCAAAUGUAGAUGGGUUUGGCCAUUACUAUAAACUUUGCAAGGCAGUGAAGGCAGUGGUUAGUUAGGACCAGGGAGCAGAGGACCAUUAGGACCAGAGCAGUAAAGCUCUAGCUGGCAGACAGAGCAAGGCUUAGAGAGGAGUUAGUUCCUGAUGUUUAGUUCCUAAUGUCUGUUGAAACCAAGUGAAGAGUGCUUGGUUUUGCCUUUUUUUUUUUUUUUUUUAAUAUGGUGUUUGGGGGUUUUUUUGUUUCCUUCUUUUCCUUCUGCACACCUGUUUCUGGGCCCUUGCAGCACUGCAGCAGCUGGUGUUCCUGGUGUUCCUGGCAGGGCAGCUUUUGGCACAAGCAGCUGCCAGUAGCCCUGUGUUUCAGAAAGGGGCACAGCAGGGCUCCCCAGCCCCCAGGGGCCGUUCCCAGCAGCUCCUCCUGGGCAGGGGAUGGGGUUUUGCUGUGCCACAUUGCCUGGGGCAGUGGCAGUGGCAGGACAGGCUGCUGGAGCUGGGGUCAGCCAGGAGCUUUCAGGGACUGGUGCAGGGCCCUGAGGUGCUUUGGUGUUUGGCCAGGGCAGAGGUGGAUUUGUGAAAAAGCUGUGCCAACCCCUGGCUAUUCAUGGGUCCCCUCCCUUGGGCAAAAGCAGCUGCAUGGUUGGCUUUGACUGGGACACUGAAUGCACAGCUCCCAGACACGAUGGAUCCUGGGUUCAGAGCAGCAUAAAGACAUUUUUCCCCACAUGCAGCGUGCUGGGGAAUGUGGCUGCUCACAGGAUGGAGGCAAUGAGGUGCCCACCAGCCUAUGUCCAAUACCAGGGCUCGUGCCUUGUCAGCACAGACCCUGCCUGGGCCCCUGCCCACACAGCACAUGCAGCCUCUGGGUGCUUGGACACUGAGCCAGCCCCUCCAUUUCAAACCAGGACAAGAAAUUGUGGCUACAGCAGAGCCAUGGGCCAGGGCCACCUCACUGCUGGUACUGGGAUUUGGAACACCUGCCUUUGUGGGGCAAUCUGGGGCUGAAAUAUUAUCACCUGGGGCUUCCCUGCUCUGCAGGUUUGUUCUGCAGGAAGGGCCAGCACAGAGCCUUCAGGGUAGGAAACACUUGUUUUUAAAGCACUCUUAGAUUUAGGGUCUCCUUUCCCCAUUGUAAGGCAGCUGGGUUGCUCAUGAGGAUGCAGUAGGAGGGAGUUGUAUUUUUGGGAGUUGUUAGUGGGAUUUUUUUUUCCACCAUAGCCUUGGCACAUAACAUUAGAGGGGAGGCAAACAUAUAUCUGUGUUAGGGCUCCAGCAUUGCACAGUUUGUGGCUGGCUGGAGGGAAAGGCUGUGGUUUCCCUGGCUUCCCCAUUAAAUCUGCAUCAGCCCAGCAUCCCCAUGGCUGCUCUGCAGUGUCCCAGCACCACACAGCCCAGCCAUGGCAGGUGGCACUCACAGACAUCUCAGAGGUGGUGGUGGAUGGGGUCAGGGCCUUGAGGGGUGUAUUUUUUAACAGGGCUUGGUAGGGAGGAAGCUGAGGCAGAGCAGUUUUCUGGCAUUGCUGUGGCAUUGACAGUGAGUCCUAAAAAUAAAUGGGGUUGGGAAGGGGUUCGGGGGGAUGUGGGGGUGCCAGAUGGGGCCCAGCCCAGCUGAUGGCAGCCCUGGGCUGCAGGGACACGGCUGGGGCACAGCCCCCGCUCACAGCUCCCAGCCAGGAGCACAGGAGUUUGGUGAGGAUGUUUACAUGUUAGACCAGCCUUGCUAAAAGCAGAGACCUAAAAAUGCACUUUAUCACGUGCCCCCUUAUUCUCAGAGCCCCCCCAGCCACUGGCCUCGCUGCUGGUGGGUGGGGGCUGCACAGUCCCAGGCUCUGCCUCAGGGCAGGGCCUUGUUUUCUCAACAUGUUCCAAAGGACAAAAUCCCACCGACCCUUUCUGGGGCUUGCUUGGUCUUUGCUCAGUCUGCCUCCAGCCAAGGGCAAGGCUGAGUCAGGGCCAGGGGGGUUUUGCCUUAUAUUGUCACUCUCAAAAAAACAGAUGGAUAAAAUUGUCUUUAUUCAGGUUGAUUUGUAUUUGUUUACCUCGGUGUUAGCUAUGACCUGUGCUUUUAUGACUCAUUUGGAAUUGAGGGUUGCUGGUGGGUUUGGUUCAUGCCCCCCCAGCCUCCUACAAGAAAACAAAAGUGUGACUUGUUGGUGAUGAGCAGAGGGCAGGGACGUGACUGAUGGCAGCAGGGUUGGCCUCCAGUGUUGGUGUUGACCUAUCAGUCAUAAAUGUUCUGAGGUUUUCUAGUACACAAGUACCUAUAUACCAUGACUAUAUAUAGAUAUACAUAUUUUUAAUGUACAUUUAUAUGUAUGCAGAUGUAUAUCUAUAUAUAAAUAUAUAUAGGCCACACAAUUCCAGACCUCUGAAAACACAGGCAGCUUUAAAUAAUAAAGUCUUGCACUUUUAGCAUAUUUGUACAUAUAAGCUAAAGCCUGGUGGGUAUAAUCAGGCUGAUUUGACAAACACAAUGAGGAGUUACUGUAUAUAUUGUAUAUAGUCCAUGCAAGUAAAAAAAAAAGAAAAUAAGAAAAACUCUAGAACUGAGUAUAAAUCUUGGUUUAUUUUAUAUGAUGUUGAAUAUAAAUACAUUUAUAAAUGUUAUUAUUCUUAAAAGUAUUUUGUAAUGGGAAAAAGUAAGUGUCUUAUGAAGAUGAACAGUAAAGAUUUUAUUCUUGUUUUGAAUCUAUGUCCCUGCACAGCUCCAUUGAAUUGGAGCCCAUGCAUUUUGACAAGCUUUAAACAGAUUGUACAUAGUAUUUAAAAAAAAAUUAAGAAGAAAUAAAAUAAUACUUGUAGGACCUCUUA